AUGUUGGAUAAAUGGAACGAUUCAAGCAAAAUGAAGAAGUAUGCCUUGUUUGGCAUCGUGUCUCUCUUUAUGGCAAUGGUUGUUAGCGCGGUGGCUUAUCAUGACAGCACCCCGAGUCGAAAAGCCGCAGAGAUCCACCGGCAAAGCAAGCUACUGAUAAGAAAGACAGCAGUAAAUGUAAUAUGUUCCUCCACCGAUUACAAAUCCGAUUGCGCCACGAGUCUGGCGAGUGUUAGGUCGCCAGAUCCACGGAAUCUAAUAAGAUCUGCUUUCGAUCUUGCAAUUAUCUCGAUUCGGAGUGGAGUCAACAGGGGAAUGAUUGAUCUAAAAAGCAGAUCAGACGCGGAUGUGCGCACUAGGGAUGCGCUUAAUAGUUGUCGGGAGCUAAUGGAUGCUGCGAUUGAGGAUCUUCAUAAAACAAGGGAAAAAUUCAGAGGAUUUUUGUUCACUAGAUUUUCAGACUUCGUUGAGGAUCUUUGUGUUUGGCUUAGCGGAUCGAUCACGUACCAACAGACAUGCAUCGAUGGAUUUGAAGGGAUCGAUAGCGAAGCUGCUGCAAUUAUGGAGAGGCUCAUGAGGAAAGGGCAGCAUCUAACUAGCAACGGAUUAGCAAUCGCAUCCAAUCUCGAUAAUUUAUUAAAGGCUUUCCGCAUUCCGUUUCUUUCGCGAACAAGAGACAGACUUGGCAUUUUGGGCUCGGAUUCUUCACAAGAACAACCAGUGAACUCUUCUGAAAAUUCCCCUGAAAAAAUGGAUUCGGUCGAGAACUCGCCUAAGAAAUCAGAUUCUUCCGGGAACCGACAGUCGGAUUCUUCUGAGAAUCGACAGACUGAUUCUUCCGAGAUUCGACCGCCAGAAUUUCAGAAGAAUCAGCCGUCUAAUUCUUCAGAGGGUCCUCCUAAAAACUCGGAUUCUUCCGUAUCCGGAUCAAAAGAUUCUUCUGAGAUUCGACCGCCCGAAUUUUCUAGGGAUCAACCAUCCGAUUCUUCUGAGGAUCAACCUAAAAACGGAGAUUCUUCAGUGAUUCGACCGUUGGAUCCUCUUGGAAAAUUAAAAGCUAUCAAAGAUCGACACUUAUCAGACGAAUUCCCGCCAUGGUUAGAAUUGCAAUCGCGGAGGCUUCUUGCCCGAGGGAAUAAUAUUAGGGCGAAUGCAGUGGUAGCGAAGGACGGGAGUGGUAAGUUCAAGACGAUUGCACAAGCAUUGGCAAUGGUACCACAAAAUAACAAAAGGAAGUUCGUGAUUCACAUAAAACAAGGUGUUUACAAGGAGAAAGUAGAGGUAACCAAGAAAAUGCUUAAUGUCAUGUUCGUCGGAGACGGACCAACAAAAACCAUUAUCACCGGAGACAUUGCUUUCUUGCCAGACCGCAUCGGCACCUACCGCACCGCUACUGUCGCGGUGAAUGGUGACUACUUCAUGGCAAAGGACAUAGGGUUCGAGAACACGGCUGGAGCUGCACGCCAUCAAGCGGUCGCACUUCGAGUUUCAGCCGAUUUUGCUGUGUUCUUCAAUUGUCGUAUGGAUGGUUACCAAGACACGCUCUACGUCCAUACACACCGUCAAUUCUACCGUGACUGCCGCAUAUCAGGCACAAUAGAUUUCGUCUUCGGCGAUGCCAAGGCCGUCUUCCAAAACUGCGAAUUUGUCAUCCGCCGUCCCAUGGACAACCAACAAUGCAUCGUUACAGCCCAAGGAAGAAAAGACCGACGUGAGACAACCGGGAUCGUUAUCCAUAAUAGCCGUAUAAUUGGUGAUGCAUCAUAUCGUCCCGUUAAAGCCAAGAAUAGGGCGUUUUUGGGAAGACCAUGGAAGGAGUUCUCGAGAACGAUUAUAAUGAACACAGAGAUUGAUGAUGUAAUAGACCCUGAAGGUUGGUUGAAAUGGAACGAGACGUUUGCGCUCAACACGUUGUUCUACUCUGAGUAUCGGAACAGAGGUCGUGGUUCGGGUCAGGGAAGACGAGUCAGAUGGAGGGGUAUUCGACGGAUUAGCGAUAGAGACGCGAAGGGGUUCGCUCCAGGAAACUUCCUACGUGGCAACACAUGGAUUCCACAGACGCGAGUGCCGUACAACGCCAAUUGA